GUUUUGUUUAAAUUAACAGAUCCAGUCAAAGCCUGUACAAAUGAUGUUGGUAAAGGUAAGUUUCCAGCAUUCUAUGUUGACACAUUACAGGUCUUAUUGAAGAACUUCCAUAUUUUAACAAUGACCUCAGCAUGUUCAUCCUUCUUCCAGAGGAUAUAACAGAUGAGACUAUUGGUCUGGAGCUGCUGGAAAAAGAAUUAACUUACGAGAGAUUAUCAAUAUGGACCAGUCCAGAAAUGAUGGAAAAACUAGAAGUGGAGGUUCACUUACCCAGGAUCAAACUGGAAGAGACUGAUGAGCUCAAGCCUACCCUGAGCAAAAUGGGAAUGAAGGAUGUCUUUGAUCCCAUCCAAGCAGAUUUCUCAGGAAUGUCAACCAAAAAUGGCUUGGUUUCGUCUGAAGUAUUUCACAAGUCCUUUAUAGAGGUCAAUGAAAAGGGUAUGGAAGCAGCCACUGCUACCGCAGCACCUGUUGAAUUGAGGUCAUCUCUACGGCCUGUCCAAGUCAAAGCAGACCAUCCCUUCCUUUUCUUCAUCAGGCACAACCAAACAAAAAGCAUUCUCUUCUUUGGCUGGUUUUGUUCUUCCUAGAAUUUUUUUACAGCUUCUCCAGUUUUACUCAAUGACUCUUGUGAAGUUGAAAUCUGAAAUGCACUUAGCCAGGAAAACUCAUUGAAAUCAGCAGGGUUGAUGUUGGAGCAAAAAUGCUUAGCAGCAGGUUGAAGAUAUUACAAGCACUAAAUCUAGGCCAAAUGUUUUUAAGACUUGACAGUCUGCAUACUAUCCUGCAGCAGCCCACUGAAGUCCUGUGCUCCUACUCUACACCAAUGUUUCUCAACCUUGGUAACUUUAAGAUAUGUGGAUUUCAACUCCAAGAAUUCCCUAGCCAGCAUGGCUGGUUGGGAAAUUCUGGGAAUUG